AUGAUGUCUGUUUAUCCGGGUAUCCAAAAAGAUUUCCCUUCGCCCAUGCUUGGCUCGUAUUCGGCAACAGGUAUAGACGGAUAUGUCUGCGCUGAUCGCUUUUCUCGGUUGGGUGCCUAUGGCUCCGCCUCUGGGGUCAAUUGGAACGAAACAAACUGGGGGUCACUUCAGGCACAGUGCUUUGAGAGGAAUGCCGGAAGAUAUCCUCAAACCCAGACCGAUUCGCGCCCAGUCGACAGCACCCUACCACACCACCCUCCAUUGUCUACACGCGCCUUUCGCAACCAAGCACCCCCCUCGAGCUUACAGCACAAAACAAGAUCAGCUAUUAUCCUACGUGCGCGGAGUGACAUGGAAUGGACCGAGAACCUUAAACAGAAUGUCCGGCUGCUUAUCAUGGAGCUGUCGUUACACUCCGGUGCCGAGUACGAGGUCUUCAUCUUGUUGCAUGUCAAGGACGAGAGAAUCCCUAUCUAUACAAAGGAUCCCCAAGUUAUGAACAAUAUCAAGGCUCAACUUGUCCCAGCCGAAUUCCACGACAUGGUCGUUUUCUUCAAUGACCAUACGUUGGCAUCAUGGUAUCGUAAGGUCGAGGAACAUAGCCCGGGUUUACAGGAUUGGCAACCCCUUCAAGCUUUUUCUCGAGUAUUCCAGGAUUUUGAUUAUUACUGGCAAGUCGAUAUGAGUUCUAGAUUCACUGGUCAUACCUACCAUUUUCUCGAAAAGUCCGCGGAGUUUGCAAAAAGACAGCCGCGGAAGUACCUUUGGGAGCGCAACGCCUACUUCUAUAUUCCAGGAACACAUGGGACGUGGAAGAACUUCUUACGGAGGAUUCAGUCCUCUAUGAAAGGCCGAAUGAGCGUUUGGGGACCUAAGAGUAUCCCUCAGGUAAACCCAGUUGGCCCUAGUCCUCCUGUUGCUUCCCCAGAUGACGACGAUUAUGAAUGGGGUGUUGGUGAAGAGGCAGAUCUAAUCACCUUUUUACCGAUAUUCGAUCCUACUAACACCGAUUGGCUAUUCGGAGAUCAUUUUUGGGGCAUACCAAAAGGUCUUAAUCCGCCGCGAGCAGCAUCCGUUGUGGCCAUGGCGCGCGUGUCAAAGAACUUAUUCCAUCAAAUGCACGAUUUGCAAGCCCAACAAGGAAUUGGUAUUUUCACUGAGAUGACGGCGCCCACACUUGCUCUUUGGCAUGGACUUAAAGCCGUCUACGUCCCACAUCCUCUUUAUGUUGACGGUAAAUGGACACCGAAGGAGCUUGGGCGAAUUAUGAACCCAGGUGAACCUGAUAAGAUCAAUGGCGGAGAGAAUAGCUUCUGGAACUGGGACCACCGAUGGGAUCACAUUCUCUAUCGGAUGACGUACAUGUUUACAACACAAACUGCGGAAGACUUCUAUCGGAGAUGGCUGGGCUACCCAAUGGAUCCUAAACAAUAUACCGAUGGCCUUCGUCACCAAGAUGAGCAAGGUCGAAGUUGGUUUGAUAGCGGCGACUUGCGAGAGGACUUAUACGGACCACUCUGCUUUCCAUCUAUGUUACUUCAUACGAUCAAAAACACAAACGAGAAGAAGGGACCAAACAUGCCUGUUCCUCUUUGA